AACUUUCCUCUUCCCCCCUCUCGCUCUCUCGUCUCAUCUAUCACCAGCGUUUGUACAAGUAAAUACAUAGCUCGCCAAAGCAAAAUGUCGUCCAACAACGGUCGCGAUAACGCCCAGCACUCGGCCCCCAUCCCCAUCAACACCAGGGGCCGCUCGCGCUCGGCGUCCAUGUCGUCCGGGUACUCGUCGGGAGGCUCGCCGAGCUCCCCAUCGCUGCCCGCAACGCCCAUGAACGGCUCCAUGUCGUCGCCCAAAAUCGGCGUGCAGGGAGGAUCCCCCAUCAUGUCCUACUUCCUUGCGCAGUCGCCCACCAAGCCUGCUGCGACAUUCCCAUUCAGGCGCUUCGGCGCCACGCCCGUCUUCGAGGAAGAGGAGGGCGAUCAGGAGCCGCCUGCGACGGCGCACGCCCGCCGUGCCAGCACCCAGUUCGCCGGUCGUCUUGGUGCCCCGCAGGUGAUUCCCGGCGACCACAUGGAGCGCGGCACUGGGCUACUUCGGCGUCUCUCCAUCGGGGGCGCCGCUGCAUUCGCAAGGCCGACCGCUGAGAUGCUUUCCCCCACCUCGCGCGGCCCGCCGAGCCCGACUGCAAGCCCCAUCACUCCGUCGAGCGCGACCACUAGGGUCCCGCCGACGACGCAGAUGCGCAAGGCCCGCCGCUCGAACACGGUUUCGGAGAGUAAGCCGCGCCGUGCGCCGAGCCCGAUGGGCGAGCGCAUCCUCAAGGGCCACUUCGACGGCUUCAACUGAGCAGGCCGUCCCAUCUCUGCUUUGGUCCGCAGCAGGAUACCCGCAAUCGCUGAAGGACGUGUAUCAUCGCACCUCUCACCUUUCGUCGUCGCACUCGUCUUCGUCGUACCUCGCUCGUCGUCCCUUUGCCCAUCUGUCAUCACAUUAGAUUAGGUUCCUGUAUUUGGUUUCUCUCGUCUUCUCUUCUCUCUCGUCGUUUCUCUCUGUCUAGGGCGUGGCUCGUGGGUUGUGCACCAGCGCCUACUACUUAUUGCCUGCUCCCGCGCUGCAAGGUACGUUGUCUUGUCUCGUCCUAUCCGUGACGCGACGCUGAUCAGGUGUCCAGUUGCUCACCCGGUAGCCGCUGUGUACCAUAUGUAUUGGCUUGCUUCGAGGUGGUCUUCAUCCGCUGUAAUGAGACAUCCGCCAGGG